UUGGUGGACAUCUUGAGUGCAUGCCUGCAACACUGACCACGUGACACGUGCAGACAAGAGUUCCCGCCAUAGCUUAAAACAGACGUAUAAACCGUUUUUAAUGUAUAUGGUAUAAACUUGCUAGGUAGCUAGCUAGCUUAGCAUAUUGAAGAAUAAAACACUGAACCUAGAGAUGAAGAAGUUUACAGCAGUAAAUCUGGACAAGCUUAUUGAUGAUUUCACUCAUCUGGAACAGAAAAUUACAGAGCUCAAGGGUAAAAACAACAUAUUGGAGAUCAAGUUGGAUGAGACCAACAGAGUUCUGAAAUUUUCACAGACCAAAGAGAAGUGCUUGACUGAGGAGCGAGAUGGGAUGUUGGGGACAGUGAACGGACUCCAGCAGACUCUACAGCAGCAGUGUGACCUCAGAGUGGAGAAUGAAAAGUUGAAAAGCACUGUGUCAGAUCUGAAAAGGCAGAGUGAGAGGACAGUAGAGGAGCGGGAAGCUGAGGUUCAGAGGCUGGUGGCAGAGAUGAGAGCUGUGGUAGAGAGACACCAGAAGGAGCUGGAGUCUUUGAGAGAGCAGUGCAGGAGAGGGGUGGAGGGCACUCACAGAGAAACACAGAGCAAACUUGAGGCUAAAGAUGCAGAGCUGAAAGAGGCCAUGGAGAGAAAGGAGUCAGAUAUGGGGGAGAUGAGAAGGAUAAUGAGGGACCAGGAGAGAGAGAGGCAAAGUGAAAUAUUAAAGUUACAAAUGGAGUUUGGUGCUAAGCUUGCCAGGGUGCAGAGUACCACACAGAGGAUCCAGCAGCAGCCCCAGGGCUCAGGUCUUCUACCUCAGAACAUCUUCAAACGGAAGUUCCAGUUCCUUCAGGAGGAGAAGAACAGAGAGGUCGAGGCCCUGCGCCAGAGAAUCAAGGAAUUGGAGAAGCAGCACGCCAGCGGAUUCAGUGACUCCCGUCUAAAGAGAAAGAAGAUUUAGCAUGUUUAAAAUAUGCAGGAGAAAAAUUCAUCUACAAUAGUGCCUUUAUAGACGUCUGGCCGCCCCAUGCACCAGCCAUCCCCAGAGAGUGAGAAGAAACAAACUGUUCCUUUACUUAAGAUACCUGGAAGACUGCCCCAUUUAAAGAAUUAAGACGCUGUGUACCCUCCAGGCCCAGGCAAUGUCAAUUAAUGUGUCUUUAUUGACCUCAUUCAUUUGCAUCUCUAAACAGUAGUUGAGUCGUUCUACGAAAUGAGUGCCUUUUGAUAGUUUAAAUAGCAAUUGUGCACCAAUAUUGAAUUUUAAAAGCCUGUUAUAUUAA